AUGUUCAGUAGACAAUUAUUACGUUCAAUUGCUUUCAAAAACUCGAUUCCAACUGCAAGAAGUGCAAUUGGCCAAUACGCCAGAUCUGGUGUUCAGUUAGGUCGUACUCAGUUAUAUUCUACGUUCAAUGCUGCAGAGCAACCAAGAAUAAGAAUUGGCUCUGUGGCACCAAACUUCACUGCCGAAACUACUGAAGGUAAAAUUGAUUUCCAUGAAUACAUUGGUAAUCAAUGGAUCGUUUUAUUUUCCCAUCCAGCGGACUUCACCCCAGUCUGUACUACAGAAUUGGGAGCUUUCGCAAGACUUGCCCCGGAAUUCAGCGAAAGAGGUGUUAAGUUGAUUGGUUUAUCUACUGAAGGUGUUGAAAGCCACAAAGCAUGGAUAAAGGAUAUUGAAGAUGUUACUUCCGGUGGUGCUAAGUUUACUUAUCCUAUCAUUGCCGAUGCUGACAGAAAGGUUGCAUUUUUGUAUGACAUGUGUUCUGCAUCGGAUUUCGAAAACAUUGGUAAGGGUAUGGUUCCAACUGUCAGAUCUGUGUUCAUUAUUGACCCAGCUAAGAAGGUAAGAUUAAUCAUGACCUAUCCUGCGUCAACUGGUAGAAACUCUUCUGAAGUUUUGAGAGUUAUCGAUGCUUUACAAUUAGCUGACAAGGAUGGUGUUGCCACUCCAAUUGAUUGGUCUGUUGGUGAGGAUGUCAUUAUUCCUCCAAGUGUUUCAGAUGAGGAUGCAAAGACCAAGUUCGGUGACUUCACAAUGUUGAAGUCUUACUUAAGAACUACAAAGUCUUCUUAA